AUGUUGAAAAGUAUUAAUAGGGCGCUUUCUUUGUGCUCAAUACAUGUUAAUAAACCCUACCUUCACAAUUACAAUCCCGCUGCUUUGCUUAGUACGUUACCUGUGAGAGAUAAACAUUCAAUAUUUACACCAUUAACAUUAUCAAAAAGGUUUAUCAACAAAAAAGCCUCGAAACAGUUACAGAAACUUCUGGACAUUAAUAUUCACAAGGCAAAUUGUAUCUUAUCGCAGGAAUCGGACCUAUCAAAAGUGCCCGAAACUCAAUUAGAAAAAAAUUAUAUGUGUUGCAUUAAGUACGGUUUGAGUAACAAAACGAUAUCUAAUAUUCCAUAUAUUUUAUCCGAUUCAUGUUUACCUACAAAACUGGAAGCUUUGAAAAAUCUACCUUACGAUGUAAAUGUAACAACACCUUUACUUUUACUUCCGUUAAAAAAAUUUAUGGGUUUCCUGAAUGAUGAAUCGAGCGCAUCGAAGAUCAACGAAUUAGCCAAACUUUUUAAGGUAGAAGUAUCUGAUGUAUGUGUUUGGAUAUCAACAAAGCAGUUUCUUACAUCAAUAAGCAUAGAUAUGGUUAAAGAAUGUUUACAACUAUUGUUAGAUUCAGGUGUGCCCAUGGAAGCGGUCAUUAAAGACUUGUGGGUUUUAAGAUACAGCCCAUCUGUAAUGCAAGAAAGAAUUGACCUGGCUAAGGAGAACAACAUAGAGCACAUAAAACCCUGGAUGAUCCGAGCACAAAAGGAAAUAUUCUAUAAUUACAUCAGAAGAAGAUCCGAUACAAAGGAAAUACUGGGAGAGAAGAGCAAUCUAAUGGAAUAUCUCUCUGAUAAACUGGAAUGUUCACUGGAGGUAUCCAAGUACAUAAUCACGAAACAACCUGCCCUUCAGAAGAAAAGCCUCAAGAAAAUGGACGAGAUGAUCGACUUUUUGUUUUCGCACGGAUUCAAACCGAUUCAGAUUUGCAGGGCGCCCAAAAUUCUAUUGCACAGCGUCACGACGAUCCACAAAAGACUGAGGGAAUUGGAUGCGAGUAACGUAAAAUUGGAUUCCCUGCACAUUCUGACUAAAAGCCAGAAACAAUAUACCUCAAUUAUUGAUUCUAUGAAAGCGAAUAAAAUUAAAAUUAAAAAUUAA